CACGUCCACUCCGUCAAAAGCCCCUCUUCUUCUUCCUCCUCCCCUUCUUCUCUUUCCCCCAAAUCCCCACCCAAAAACCCCCCCAGCGCCAAUUUCUCUCAUGGACUCGGUGCCGCCGGCCGGAGUUGGCGGCGCGGUGGGGCCCGGCUACCCGGAGUCCACCGAGUCGUCCCCCCGCAGCCGCGGCGGCGAUUCGUGGGACGAGUUCCCGUCCUCGGCCGCGGCGGCGGCCGCGGCGGCCGGGGCAGGGCGGCUGCGCCUCAUGUGCAGCUUCGGCGGCCGAAUCGUGCCGCGCCCCACGGACAAGUCGCUGUGCUACCUGGGCGGGGAGACCCGGAUCGUGGCCGUCGAGCGGAACGCCACGCUGGCGGAUGUCCACGCGCGGCUCUCGCGCUCGCUCCUCGCCGGACAGCCGUUCACCCUCAAGUACCAGCUCCCCAACGAGGACCUCGACUCGCUCAUCUCGGUCUCCACCGACGAGGACCUCGACAACCUGGUUGAUGAGUACGACCGCAUCGCUGCUACCUCCUCCGGCGGCGGCUCCUCCCGCACGUCCCGGAUCCGCCUCUUCCUCUUCCCGGCCAAGCCGGAGUCCUCCUCCUCCCUCGGCUCCCUCCUCGACGACUCCUCCAAGUCCGAGUCCUGGUUUGUCGACGCCCUCAACAGCGCCAUCUCCGGCUCUCUCGAUGGCAUCCCGCGCGGGAUCUCCACUGACUCCGCCUCAGUCAACUGCCUCCUCGGCCUCGAGGACGACUCCUCCACGCACUCCCGCGGCGGCCCGCCUAACUCUGCCCCCGCGGAGGAGCAGCGCGCCAACCAGCAGAAGCUCGCGGCGGCGGCGGCCGUGGCUGCGGCGAGGCACCCGCACGAUGUGCAGUCCGUGCCGGACUCGCCGAUGAUUGACAAGAACUCCUCGUUCGGAUCGACGUCGUCUGCGCCGUCGCUGUCGAAUCUACCGCCGAUACGGGUGCGGCCCGAGGACCGGCCGCCGGAUAGCCGAGUCGCCGCACCUAUCCCCGUAGAGGAUCACUUCGCCCAGAUGGGGAUCUCCGAUCAUCCAGUUCCACCUGUGGGGGCGUACAUGCAACCGCCGCCACAGGUACCGAUCCCCAACAUGGCAGUCCCCAGCAUCUCGCCGUCGGACGCAUCCAGCCGAGUGUUCUCUGACGAUGACAAGUCCGAUCACGGUGGUGGAGCUCGGAAGCCGCAGCCACCCAAACAGGAGGUUCCACCUGUCGCCGACCCCACCAACAGAGCCAUGUAUUACAACGAUAGAUCGCCUCCUGCUGAAUUGAAGCGUGAGAUGCCGGUUGGAACCGAUGCUGCCAGCUAUCGUGUGCCUGUGCCAACCCAAGAUGCUGCUGCCGCUGCUGCUGCUGUGGCCGCAGCUGCCCCACAACCCCCAGCUGGGUAUGUGUAUGCCCAGAUGCAUGCGCCGCCUCCUCCACAGCAGCAGCACCCACCACAGCAGCAACAACAGCCAGUUCCACAGCAAUAUGUCACGCCGCAAAAUCAGCAUUUCAUUCACAAUCCAGCCACUGGAACGUUCAUCCCAAUCCAAUCCUAUUAUCACCAUCCUGUUCCUCAGCAAGCACCGCAACCACCCAUACCGCAGCCCGUGCCACAGCCACAACAAUCAGCUGCUUUCGAUCCAAAUACUGGCAUGUAUUACAUUCCUAUGCGCCCUAAUGCGCCUCAGGCAUAUAGCAUGCCUCCCGGUGCCACUGCAGUGCCGCCUCCCACCCUUGUUGACACUACGCCAAAACCAACUGUACCGAUUCCUCAGAUGGGUGUAAAGCAGCCUGAACUGCAGCAACCUGGGUUGUACCGGACUACCGCUGCCCCUGCCCCUGUACCAGCGUCUAACGCUGCUCCUGCAUAUGCCGGGAUGGGCUACCACCAUGUUAUUCAAUCCCACCAUCAUCCAGCGCCUCAGCCUGCAGCGACUAUGGCAGGCAAUUUUGGAUAUGAGUACGGUGAUCCUACACGGGCACAGGUCUUCUACUCACAGGCAGCACCACCGCCAACGUUGCCACCACAAUAUCAGCCCAUGGGCUCUCCUGAUGCUGGGCAGGCUGACUUGAAACAGGCCCGGGCUUCAUAGCUCAAGGAUUGGUGAACUCUGGUAUGUUGAGAAUCCUAGAAGUGUAGUUAUCCUGUCGUUACUUAUCACUAUUGUUAUUACAUGUUACAUGAGUCAGUUGGCAAGCAGUGGGUGGAUGUUAUUAGGCAGCUGUGCAUUUGGGAUCAAAAUAAGAUGAAAUGGGAUGGUGGUUCUUGUGUUGGUGAAACUGAGGGUGUUUGUGAUUGGUCCUGGAGAUGCCAAUCGCCAAUGCUGGAGCUAGUGGCAGAGAGUGGCUUCCAAUUCCAAUUGCCGUCUUCUUUUUUUCUUUAAAUAAAUAUAUAGUGUCUAAAGAACUUGGUAAAAAUUCUGAAUCAAGAACUCAUCAUUUGUGUAGCCCUCUGUAUAUUUGAACCUGGAAGUUAUUAUUGAGGUUGAAUUGUCAGGAAACAAUGUCAUUACUUUGCUUGUAGAAACUUCAUUUGAGUUAAAAUAUCAUAUAUAUACAUCGGUCCUGUCCUUGUAUUUU